AUGCCGUCCUUGGACAAGUCACUCGACGCGAUGAAAAUACGCAACGCCAUGCAGCAGGAGUGGCAAAGCAAAAGGGAUUCCCAAAGUAGGCAUGCUCUCAUGCGAGCGUUGCUUAAGAGUUCUUGGCGACCCAACAUAUACGUCGUCAUUCCCCGUCUUCUCUUCACCAUGCUGCGCUGCUGCCAACCUCUUCUUAUCAGCCGUGCCAUCAUCUUUUUUAGUCAGGAGUUGUCACCUUUUGAGAACAGAAAUGAAGCUUUUUGCUUGAUUCUAUUCACAUUUAUCAUUUACACGGGCAUGCCGGUGUGCAAUGGCGCAUACGUCCGUUCACUUGCCCGGGUCAACCUCGUGGAGCGCAUGGCGCUUGUCGGAGUCAUUUACAACGAUUGCCUGACAGUAAAGGAUGGCAUUUUUGAUGAAUCCGCCGCCGUGGCACUCAUGAGCAAUGAUGCAGAAAGCGCGGCAGGUUGUUGGGAUCUUUUCCAUGACCUUUGGUCGCAGUUUCUUGAAGUUUGUAUCGGAAUGUACUUGUUGGCAAAAGAGCUCAGCUGGGCAUGCGUUUUCCCAGUCGUUGUGGUCUUUUGCACUUCCUGGAUCGUCAAGUUCAUUACCGCGAAUCUUGCCGACCGGCAAAUGGCGUUCAGUAGAGCGACGCAGAGUCGAAUAUCUACCACGAAAGCCGUGCUUGACUCGAUGAAGAAUAUCAAGAUGAUGGGCCUCGUGGAAAGAAUGAAGGCUAGGAUUCAAGGCGCCAGGACGCACGAAAUUGAGAAAUAUGCUGCUUUUUACCGGCUUCUGCUGGCGUUUUUUACAAGCUCGGUUGCCCUGCAUCUCUUUAGCCCAGCCAUCACCCUCAUCUUCUACGCAGUUCAGGCUCAGAUUCUUGGCGCCAAGCAUGUCGACACAGAAAUGGUUUUUACAUCACUUGCCAUCAUCGACAUUGUGGCUUCGCCGGCGAACAAUCUCCUCGGGGUCCUGCCCGAAGUCGCAUCCGUUCUUGCAUCUUUUGAUCGAAUCCAAGCAUACCUCAAGAUUCCCAGCCGGGAAGAUAGGCGACAGUUCAUUGAGACCAUAACCCCCGUGAGUGGCCAAGGUCCAGUGUCUGCGCUGCCUGGCGCACCCACCGACAAGACGGCCGUUAAGCUCGACAAUGUCAGUAUCCGGCCCACCUCGACGGCGGAUCUUGUACUGAAGAAUAUCAGCACAGUGUGGAAGCGGGGUGAUCUAGUUGUCCUUUCUGGAUCUGUUGGAGCCGGAAAGACGAGUCUUGCCAAGGCUUUGCUGGGCGAGCUAUCGCAGGACUCUGGCGUUAUCCAGACUGCUUACAGAACUGUGGCGUAUUGUACGCAAGCAGCCUGGUUGGUGAAUGGCACCGCUAAAGAAGUCAUCUGUGGCCCAUGUCAUGGCCGCAGGACAUCUGACGCGGCGUGGUACAAGAGAGUUGUGCAUGUUUGUGAUCUCGAGGAGGAUUUCGCUCGGAUGCCGGACGGAGAUCAAACAGUGAUUGGUGGCCGCGGCAUCACCCUUUCUGGGGGACAAAAGCAGCGAAUUGCCCUAGCACGAGCUAUCUUCGCCCGUGAAGAUCUGAUUAUCCUCGACGAUACACUCUCUGCGCUAGACGCAUCUACGCAGCGUCACAUUACCAAUAACCUCUUUGGUCCAAAGGGUCUAUUCAAGGAGCUUGGUACCACCGUGGUACUCAUCACUCAUACGAUGCAAUAUUUGCCGCUGGCCGAUCACAUCAUUAUUCUCGAUGGAAAGGGCGGCGUCGCUGAGCAGGAAUACUACUUCAGCGCCAUUGGUGUCUCUCGGUUACUACUUCUCGUCGUCUUUUUGACACUCAACGCCAUAUUUGUCGGCACCAUCCCAUACUGGCUCAAAUGGAUGGGAGAGAGCGGUGGCAUGUACAUGUGGUUCUAUACCGGCAUCUACUUUCUCCUUACCUUGGGUGCAUUUGCAACCGUCGCAGCGGCUAUUGCGACCGUAUUUCUAGUCAUUGCGCCGCAUUCCGGCAACACCCUGCACCAUCGACUCCUCCGCACCGUGAUGCAUGCGCCACAGACCUUUUUCGCAACGACGGACACGGGAACCACGCUCAAUCGUUUUAGCAGCGAUAUAAGAAUGAUUGAUCGGUCACUCCCAUUUGCCCUAUUCCAAGUCUUCCAGGCUAUAUUUUUGCUAUUGUCGCAAUGCAUCUUAUUGUGCAUCGUCCAGCCCUUUAUUGUCAUCACGUUGCCAUUUACUAUUUUAGCGGUAUACUUGAUUCAGAGGGUAUACUUGACGACUUCUCGACAGCUACGCGCUAUUGAUCUGGAGGCUCGAGCUCUUGUGAAUAGCAGUUUUCUAGAGACGUUGGAAGGUGUCGCGACGAUUCGCGCGUUUGGCUGGCAACAGGCUUUGAAUAGGGACAAUGCGCAAAAGUUGGACCUAUCGCUGCGCCCGGAUUACAUGCUCACCUGCGUGCAGCGAUGGCUAGACUUGGUUCUGGACCUCAUUGUCCCCGGUCUUGCCAUCUGCAUUAUUGGCCUUGGUGUUGUUCUCAAAGGCACCACAACGGGCGGGCAGAUUGGCCUCGCUCUCAACGUGGUCCUGCAAGCCAACCGGUACAUUCUUCGGCUGGUCAGCGCCUGGACAAGGCUUGAGACGUCUCUGGGGGCCAUAUCGCGCGUGCGUGAAUUUGAGCAGAGCGUCCUGCCGGAGGAGGAACCCGGCCAGUAUUCGCAGCCGCCGACAGGGUGGCCCGCCCACGGCGCAGUGGACUUUGUAAACGUCUCGGCGAGCUACGACGACUCCGUGCUUGCACUCGACGGUGUCAACCUGAGCCUUGCACCAGGAGCCAAGGUUGGUGUCGUGGGCCGCACGGGUAGCGGCAAGUCGUCACUACUGCUUACUCUACUGCGUCUCGUCGAGCUACAAGGGCCUGGCAAGGUGUGUGUGGACGGGUUGGAUAUUUGCGACUUGUCGCGAAAUGCUAUGCGCGCGCGAUUUAUUACGGUGCCUCAGGAUCCGAUGUUGGUCAAGACUGAUACUGUUCGGCAGAACCUGGACAUUGCAGCCACCAAUCUGUCGGAAGAGGAGAUGGUUCGUGUUCUUCAACGCGUCGGCCUGUGGCAGGUGCUACUCGCACGGAAAGACAGAGGAACCUGCAGUGAGGUCUCCUCAGUAUUGCUUGACGACGAUACACGGAAACAAUCUCCUUUGGCUCCGAGUGUCGAAGCCGACGGUGUGGAACAACUGCCCUAUGACGAAUCCGUCAGCGUAUCGGCGGCAGCGAUUCUCGACUUGACCAUGGAUUCGGUCCCGCUAUCUCAGGGCCAGGAACAGCUCUUCUCGCUCUCACGGGCACUCUUGAUGCGCCGUACACGUGGACGAGUCGUGCUGCUCGAUGAGGCGACGAGUAGUGUCGACGCCGAGACGGACGGGCUUAUGCAGAAUAUUCUACGUGAGGAAUUCGGUGAGUAUACCGUAAUCACUGUUGCACAUCGGUUAGAUACCAUCAUGGACAGCGACGUGGUCCUGGCCAUGCAUGGGGGGAAGCUGGUAGAAGCCGGGCGGCCGUCUGAGCUGGUGGAGAGGGAGGGAGGAAUACUCAGGGCAUUGCUUUUCGGGAAGAAACUGAAAAUGUAG